GAGUUGCCCUCAGAGAUCUGGGAGAUGUCAGCUGGGUUAAGGCAGAUGACAAAAUUUGCCAGAGAACAUGACUCUCUGUAGAAGGAUCUGCUCAGUUUUCAAGAGAGUGGGCCAUCAGAAGAACAGGGUCCGCACUCACCCUUUGAGGGAGGAGACCUGCAAUUCAAGCAAAGACUGUCCCUGGCAGAAAGAAAAGGCAGACACCCCAGAGGAAGAGCUGAAUGAAAAUGAAUCGCAGGUCUGCUUUUGCAACUUGAGGAAUCUCCGAGAAGAAAAUGGUCCUUCCCAAGUGCAAGAGUCCACCAACAAUUUAUGCAUCUUGGCAGAGACUAAACUGGCUGGAGUCUUGCGGGCCAUUUGCAAAUAUCGCCAUAGCAUCCAUAAGAUCUCUCCAAAACACCGGCUGCGUAUCAACCAAAUCCUGCAAGCUGUGAUCAGAUCUGCCAGUCACAUAGACCACAAAUUAGCCAAAGUGAUCAUCAAGCUGGCUGCUGAAGAUAUGCUAAGAACCACAGAUCUUCAGGACUUGUAUCAGGACGCAGCGGGUGAUAUCCUGGUGGCCCUCUGGAGCCAUUUCCCAGCCGAGGUCCUCACCAAGCUCCUGGAGGGGUUCCAAGGGAGGCUGAUUCCAUAUCGCAGCAUCCUCUGUGUGUUGGGGAAACUGGCAAACAAAGCUUUCACAGAGAGUGACACCUUGAAGAUUGACGUAUGGGAACGAAAGCUGGUGGAGAUCUUCCUAUAUCAGUACUGUGGAGCCAUCCUGCGUGCCUCAGAUGACCCUCAGCUAAUCCAGGUCCAACUCUUUACCCUCUUGGCCAUGUGCCAGCGAGGAGCCCUGGAGGCAAAGGGCAUUGCUGCUGCUUGUGGCUUGGCUGCCUCUCGCCACAUGGAUGAAGUUUUCAAGGCGCUGGACAGUUUCGGCAGAACUCUUUCCACUGCAGAGAUCCCCGUGUCCAAAACCAGCCAGCUCUGCCAACGGAACACACUCCUGCUCUGCUACGGUCGAGUGGCUCUGGGGAUCAAGGAGGAAGUCCUGCCACGAGUGGAGUUCAUCGUCGCCAGGCUCAUCGAGUACUUCCUUAUCGACCCCUCGGACCUGAAUCUGAAGAAGAGCUUUCUGAUUGCAGUGCUCAUGCUCCUUGAAGCCAUCACAGCCACGGGCAAAGCCGGAGCAAUAAGGUUGCACCCGAAAGCACGCUUGGUAGAGUGCCUAAUAGUGCUGAUAGAAAGGGAACCCAUCCACGUUCUGGGCAGCACAGUGCGUCAAGAUGCAAUGUAUAUCGCUAAAGAACUCAGCCACCUGAAGCCUCUUCUUGAGCCAGAGAAGAAAUCCAGCCUCCUUCAUGCUUCUUUCAAAAGUGUCUUUUGCCUGGCCCCAAUGGAGAUCCUGGAAAGGCAGUCUUGUGUGGAUGAGAAGACAUCGGAUAUAAAGGCCUUCUACCAGCAGACUGUCAGCUGCUUCGAGGAGAUGCUGCAAGCUCUGCUGUUGGAGAACCCACAGCCCAGCGAACUCAAGCACAUGAUGGAGCUCAUAGAACCAUGGAUGGUAUCAAAGUUAGAUCAUGUACGUGAGAGAGCUGUGGAGACAGCAAUGAAGCUCUUGAAAUUUGUAGCUGACCGCUUCCACCUCGAUCUCUCUCGGGAAUUUAACAAGUUGGCCCACCUGGCAGCCCUUUUGAUUGGCCUGUGCAAUGACCGGAUGCCAUGCAUUAGUUCUUUUGCCGUGCAAGGAGUCAGCUGUCUCUAUGAGAUCUUACUGCACCGUAAAGGUCUGAGGACAAGCAAGCAGAAGAAGCGGAAGUGGCCAAUGAAGAGGAGCGUGAAAUGCCAGGAAGAAGACAGCCCUGCUGGUCAAACACCGGGCAGCAGUUGGCAGAUAGCAACGCAUUGCGGUGACCAGCUCUUCUCCGUUCAGUUGACCAACCUCCUGCUCUCCGUUCUGGACUAUUUGAGAGGCUCCGGUCCAGAAGUCCUGGUGGCAGCAGAAGAGGUCCUCAGUGCAGUUCUGCAGAACCAUGCGAUGAAAGUGGAAAGGGUCAACGAUGUAGUUGCAGGCAUCUACAUGUGCUUGCAGCCAGGUCAGGCUUCCUGCUGGACCCGGAAGGUAGUGCUGAGGGCUCUAACCUUGAUGAUCCCAUGCCGCCUGGAGGAAGUCAUCCAAAGCUGCUUAUCCUAUUCCAUACCCCUCAACAGGCAGGCCAAUGAGCUCUGGACAGCCAUGGCUUCCAGCUCCAAGGUGGCUGUGCAAAUCCUGCACCUCUUACUGAAGAAUCUGCAGGUGAAGGACCUUUCUGGGGACAGAGAAGACAGCACAACCACGUCACUGGCGGCCAUGAAUGUCAUCUACGAGACCUUCCACAUCCCCGGCUAUCGGGCAGCCCUGGGCGAGAUGCACCUUCAGCUCUUCAUACCUCUGCUGAAGCAGGUCCUUUACGUGAUGCAGCUGGACUUGCCAGAGGCUUUGAAAACCAGGCAGGACCUCAUUCUGAGGGAAAACCCCACAGCACUCACCUUCCAGAGCACUUCGGUGGAGAUUGUGAAGAGUCUCUUCUCUGUAGCCGGGGACUGGGCAGUCUAUGCCUGCAUCGAGUUCCAGCAAGGCUGGGUGGUGCUCAGCAACCCCCAGCACUUUUUGCAGGGCACACGUCUGCUGGCGCGGGCCAUGACUGAGUGCAACAGUGCCCAGAUCCCGGGAAUCUUUGGGGAGGCUGCUCUCAUUCUCAGCAGUGAGGAGGAUGAGCUGAAGAAGGUGACGGCCUUGGCACUCGUGAUCGAGUUUCUCAAGAGUUCCUCCGCCAUCAAGAUGAUGAACAGAUUCAGCCUCCGGGAGCACCUGGAGGAGGGUCUGGCAGCACCCAAUCCAGCAGUGCAAGACCUCUGCCUGAAAGGGCUGAACAGCUUCGUUUUCCAGCAAGGGAAGGUUAAGUCCCUACGAGAUCAGCUUCCAACAAUGAUCAACUCUAUUUUCAGUGGAUGUGAAGACGUUCUGGAAGGGCUGAACGACAUAAUGACCACACUCUAUGAAAUGGAUGGCCAGGGAAUUGGGCUCAUCUCUGUUGACCUUGCUCUGAAUGUCCGCUCAUUUUUUGAGGAUGAAAGAGCGGACGUCCGGGCAACUGCCAUUUCCUUGUUUGGGCAGCUGGUGAUGAGGUCCAAGGAAACGGAGAAGGCCCUCCUCAAGAAAGAAGUGGUCUACAGCCUCCUCCCUCUGCUGCUCCAUUUGAAAGAUCGGGAGACCACGGUGGCCAUGAGCUGCAAGUUGACUCUCUUGCACUGUGGAGUCUUCCUUGGGUGGGCCCACCUGAAGCUGAUGUUCCGCAGUCUAGCUUGGGAUGAUCUCCGGAGCUGCUUGGUGAAUGCUUGGAAAUACUUGAUGAGGAACAACCAUGACAAUAUCCACAUUUUCAUAUCCCAGUCCUUGGGAUUCCUCCAUCAUGCCCAGACCGAAAUCAGGAAUGGUGCCGCACGGUUCAUGGGUUACACGCUCAACUAUUACAGCUCAGAACUGUCUAAAAACCUGGAACAGGAGGACCUCUCCCACCUGAGCAAAGUUUUUCAGAAGAUGGAAUCAAGUUCAGAUACCAGCAUGGUCCAUUUUGCAAAAAACUAUCGAGUAGUUUUACAGAAAUUGUCCGUAAAAAGGAGGCUGGCCGGAGCUGGAGAGAAGGACCCCCACACAAGUGACAGUAACGCUCCAGAGAAUUCACUCCUGGAGAGUGACAGCAGAGCUGCCAGCCCACUGCUGCUGCCCCCCGACUCCCCACAUGCAGGCCGAUCCAUGCUGGAGAGGGGCAUUCUGAGCCUGUCUACCCCCAAGCAAGCCAGACGGACACUUGCCCAAAGAGGCAAGCAGCACAGCGAAGCCAGCGAGAAAGAGAGGACGCGCUCUAUCGAAGCCCCCCCUGGGGUCUUCGCUUCUACGUCUGCCGGUACUGAUGGGAAGCAGAGCCCACGGCAUUGAGGCGUCUUCUUCCGAGCCAGCUGGACGAGCAUCCAUAAAGGUAGUUGCCAGGAGAGCGCUGCAGGCCUUCACACAAGGGGACAGGGUUUACAGGCAGAAUCUCCUGGGGCAGCCACAACCCUUCACCCCACCCCCCCGCCUGAGCCGAACCCAUUUUUCUAAGCUUCUGAGGCAAGCCUGGAAACCAAGGCCUAACACGGGACUGCUCACCACAAGCGUUAUUGUUAUCCAUGUGAAGGUCCAAAGAUGCUAGACCUGACUG